AUGCAGUGGAUCGACCUUCCGAAAUUGCCGUCAGAAUGGUUUGAUGUGAAUGCAGCUUGUGCAGUGCAUCUGGAUGGUUCCUAUUAUCGGGCAUGUAUCACUACUAUUCUAUCGGAUUCAAUAGAGUUGUUCUUAAUUGAUCAUGGAAGACAUACAUCAAUGGAUAAACAACUGGGACAUCUACGUGUGCUGCCUUCUACUGAUCUUUUCGUCGAGCCUCCCAUGAUUGUGGUUGUUGCGCUCGGCAACAUCUCAGAGUUAUUUCCUCAUCCAUCCUGCACUUCUGAACUGAAAGAAGUCCUGACAUCUGGGACUCAGGUCCAGUUCCAUCCAGAGAAACGACACAAGAGGAUACCUUCAAGAGGUAAAUUAAUCGUCGUUGUAUCCUGCUUGGACGUCGAACAAUAUCUUUGGCACAGGCUUCACCAGACUGGCAUUCAAAUACAGUGCCGUGAACUCGUACCAUAUCAACCAGAAGAUCCCUGGCAUGAACUUCGUCCUCCACCAGACACAAAAUAUGUUCAUCGGCUACAGUGCCCAUCCGUGCUUCUACGUGGCAAGCUCGAACUCUCACCUAUAAAUCCAGAUGAAUACACCGAAAGGAUACCAGCCUGCCACACCAAAUGA